UAAAGGCCGCUCCCCACCACCACCAAACCAGGACAAAUCCUCCUCCUCCCCGUCCUCGGCGGCUGAUCCCCACCCGUCUCCCUCCACCAGCGCGCGCGCAAUUCCCCCCCCCCCCACCCAUCCUGCGUGCGCUCCGGCCUCGAGGAGAUUCAGAGCCUACGUAAUCACUUAGAAAUGGAUAGAGGGCGAAAUGGAAGAGAUGACUUCUUUGGUGGGAGGGACCCGUUUGCCGGAUUCGGUGGCUUUGGUCGCCAGAGGAGCUUGAUCUCUGGUGUCUUUGGAGGCAGGGAUCCUUUCGAUGAUCCGUUCUUUAAUCAGCCAUUUGGAAGCGGGAUGCACGGUCCUAGCCUUUUUGGGCCAAUGGGAGGACCAUUUGGAGACAUAAGGAAUGAUGGAUUCCUUGAGCAAGCUCCUCCCAGAGGUAAUGGCAGGAAGCUUAUUAUUACUGAGCUUGAUGAGGAGGAAGGAGAGAACUCAGGGAGGCAACGCCAAGCAAAUCGUGAGCCGUAUGUUCAAGAACCAGAUGAUGAGAUGCAAGGGGGCCAACUCCAGCCACGGAGGGAUUUCAACAGGGCAAAUGAAGGGCAGCCACAAGCUCGUACAUUCACAUAUCAGAGCUCUUCCGUGACUUAUGGUGGUGUCAAUGGAGCUUACUACACUGCUUCAAAAACUCGAAGGACAGGAAGUGAUGGAAUAACUGUGGAAGAAAGCAAGGAAGCUGAUACAACGACUAAAGAGGCUACUCAUAGAAUCUCUCGAGGAAUUCAUGACAAGGGACAUUCACUAACAAGGAAGCUGAAAUCGGAUGGCAAUGUGGACACUACACAGAUAUUGCACAAUCUCCAUGAAGAUGAACUAGCUGGGUUCGAGGAAUCAUGGAAGGGGAAUGCUAGGCAUCACUUGGCUGGCUUGAACCAAAAUGCUGGUACAUCUAAUAAUAAUGAACCAGGUAACCGUGGCACCAGUGGACGUGGCAGGCAAUCCGCUUGGGGUUGGGCUCUUCCUGGAAGAGAGCAAGGCCGUGAUCAAAGACGGAACGGGGAACGACCGAAAUCACGUGUCAUACCAAUCUCCUAAAGGAUUUCUCUUAUACAUCUACGGAUCGAAUCAGUAAACUGCUAGUUGUGAAAGCAGCAAGAUUCAGGUCCAGAGAAUUUAAUUAGGUUCAGGUGAAUAGUCCUGAUUCCUGAAUGUCCCGAGUGUCCCCUACGACCUCGUGUGUCUGUAUGGUGUAAUCUGUAUUGUGUACCGGAAACUGUAAAAACGCUGUCGAGGGUAUGUGCUGCCUUUCGAUCUGUAGCAGCACGAAUGUAUGAUACGCUGUCACCACGUUGCUGUUUUGCUCAUGGGGAAAACUGAAAACACGGUUCUUGUAAAUGCCUACGUUUCGCUCUACUUGUGUGUUUGUCCGGAACCCCGAAGGGUCCAUGUAAAA